AUGGAGCGAGGUUGGGUAGAAGUUGGCACUGGGGGUGAGGUGGAGGUUGGCACGGGGGUGAGUUUCAUUUACAUUCGAGAAAAUUAUUUUACGCAACGCGGAGUUAAUAAUGUUGCCUUCAUUACCUACGUCAUCGGUGUGGAGGCUGAGAGGUACUCCUUCUGCACCUCUGUAAAGGCUCUUGCUGAACUCUACAUGCACCUGAGAAUAAAGGACCAGAUCUACAGGUUUGAUAAGUUGGCGACGCCGGAGUCCGGGGAUGAUUCGAGCUUCCGCAUGGCCAUCGUGGGGGCGACGGGUGUGGGCAAGACGGCUCUCAUCCACCAGUUCCGUACCUCAGAGUGUAUCAACGCCUACGACUGUAACCCCACCGACGAGUCAGAACAAGCAGUCUCCAUCCUCCUCAAUGGCAUGGAGUCUGAGAUAGUCUUCGUGAACGUCGCCACCAACCAAGACUUCCAGGAGGAGAUUAACCGAGAGAGGCCCACGGACGGUUGGUUAAUCAUGUACAGCAUCACGGACAAGGCGUCGUUCCAGAAGGCGGGAGAGGAGCUGGGUCGCCUACACAGUCGUCAGCUUCUGCGGGGUCGAGCUGUCAUACUGGUGGCCAACAAGUGUGAACUGGUGCGGUCCAGAGCUGUAACUGUCGAUGAUGGGCGUGAUUUGGCUUGUAGUUACGGCGGCAAGUUUAUGGAGAUCAGUGUCGGGAUGAACCACAAGUGUGACGACCUGUUGGUGGGGAUACUCAACCAACUCCGUAUUAAAGGCGAGGCUGAACCCUGUGAGGAGGAGGAGGCACCGAAGGAGAAGACUUGGACUAGAGGGAAUCGUAGUCUUCUGAGGGCCUCCAUGAAGGCCAAGCGAGUCAUCAACAGGAUCAUGGGUAAAACUGAAGCCAAAUACAAGAACUGUGAGGACUUCCAGAGCUAGGGUCACUGAGGAGGUGGCGGCCACACCCCAGCUCCUGAAGGAGCAACAGAUCCAGACAAGGAUCAGGAGGAGAUCAACAGCCACCACCACCACUGCCACCUUGUCGAAAUUGGGGAAGCAUGUCACCACUUGCAUCAUUUAAGCAACAGCUGUUGCCCCACUGUCAGAGGUCAACAGGUUGUCAGCUGUCACUAGAAUAUUGGAGAUGGUCUAAUCAACAGAAGUUAUCUAAUCGUCUGCUUUUACCAAGGAUCACUUGUCAUCGGAAGAUGGGAGGCACCUGAAUUAUUUGCUCUUAUUUUCAUUACAAUUACACUGUAACUGAAGGUCCUGUUGUUUUAUAGGAUUUUAAUUAUGAAAAAUAAUUUCCAUGCAUGGCAUGAAUCUUGUGAUUACCAUAAAAGUACAGUAUUGGGUUUUGUUGAUGUAGCUACAUAUUGCUGCUCUGGGAAGAAACUGUAGUCAUUUAGAUAUUCUGUAUUUGAGAUAAUUCUAGAAAUUGUACAUAUUUUGAUGGACUGAUAACAAUAGCUGAUCAUCGUAGAUAUCAUACAGCACUCAUAUCCACAAUCAAGAGCAAUAAGUAUAAUUCCUCCAUAUUUUCAACAAAUGUAGUUCCCCAGAGACAGCAAGACUGACAUAGACAUUGAUCCCAAUGUGAAUUACUAACUAUUGUACUGUACCUACUUUAGAUGUAACUUAAAUUUUGUACCAGACAUAUUAUUUCAUCUGGUAUUUUUAUACUGUGCUUCACUGAACACAUAUCCAGAUAUGCUUAUACAUCACCUUUUAAGCUAACAACAGUAACCUCACUCCUGUGCUGGGGUAUAGCCUGAGGUUUGUACUGCUGCUUCAAUGAACUAAUUAACACAGGCUAAUGAACAACCCAGUAAAUUAGUUGUGAAUAUGAGUCUUUAAACUUGAUAGUCACCAAGGUACUCUCUUUUCAGAAUUCCAUGCAGCUUAUACAGUACUCUUGGGUACAUCAAAUAUAUGACAGACAAACAGAAGGUUAACUAUGACAGACAAACAGAAGGUUAACUAUUUCACUGAGAAAAAUAGAGGACUGAUUUUAAUAACAGUACUGUAUAUUACAAACUCACUGGAGGUGAGUUCUUAGUACUGUACUGUACUGUACUGUACUGAGAAGUUUGUAUUAUUCUUGAAGCAACAUGAAUAAUGAAAUACUGUACUGUAUAUGUUUUUGUCAUGUGUUUUAGGGAAUGUUGUCCAGUCAAGCCUUAAAAUGCAAUGGACUCUCUUGCAAGACAGGGAUAACGUUUUGUAGUACCAGUAUAUACUGUAGUUGUUAUAACUUGUGAAAUUAGUAACUACUGUGUUUACAGUACAAUGUUCUUGGAUAUCUUAUCAUAAGCAAAUGCUAUAUAAUUUAGGUUUGAUUGCAUUACAUUAGGUUAGUACUGAUGAUAUUCACAUAUAGUUUGUACUGUAGUAAAUUUACUGUCAUGAUUAGUCUUGUGUACACAUGUUGAAACAUUUUACAAAGUUUGAAAUAUUUUAAAAGUACAUACAGUACAGUCCUGUACCAUGCUGAGGCAACUGUCCCUACAACACAUGACAUCUUCUUCCCAAAUACUGUAUUAGAACCUUUAAAACAUGUUUAGUUUAGAAUAACUAAAACAGGUAACUUUACAGGGUUCAGAUUGUCCAUAGUUGGAAUUUUAAGAGUGUGAGGUCUUGGUGUGCAGCGGUAUAGAGUAACCUCACUGAUUAUAUUUUAUAUUCAUCUUGUAUCAUGUACAGGGGAUAAUACCUGGUACUGUACUCAGUGUCACUUAACAUGUAAACAGUUUGAUAUAUACUCAUCACUGUAUGAACACACACACACACACA